UGUAAUGGUUCUUCUUUAGACGGCCUCAAGAUGGCGGCGUUGCUAAUGACAGCGCGUCCCCUGGAGGAGGAGGAGGUGGGAUUUCCUCUCCUCUUCAACAUCAUUCCCUCUUCGCGCUUUCCACAGGAUGUAUCGGCGUGCUGUGCACCUGCUCCCAGCCUCCCAUUACUAUACUCCACGGCUGCAAUAACCCGUUUAAACUAACUCGUUAACCAAGACCUAAACGAACCGUCCUCUGGUACCAGAAAGGCCUUGAUACAGAGAGGCUGGAAACAACGUAACAGAGGAUGCGUUAUUUAUUUUUUUAAUCGAGAUUCAGCAGUGAGACAGCAUCUUUGCCGGUGACACAUCGUUAGCCCUACAAGUGGAGAAGCCCUCCAGGUCACCAUGUCGGACAAAAGUGACCUAAAAGCAGAGCUUGAGCGUAAGAAGCAGCGCCUCGCCCAGAUCAGGGAGGAGAAGAAAAGAAAGGAGGAGGAGAGGAAGAAGAAAGAGAAGUCAGACAGCCAAAAGAAAACAGAGGUGACCCCUGAAGAUUCAGACUUGGACCGCAAGCGCAGAGAGACUGAGGCCCUGCUCCAGAGCAUUGGUAUCUCCCCAGAACCUCCGCUAGUCCCGACACCCGUGUCUCCCUCUAAAUCAGUGAGCACGCCCAGUGAGACGGGGAGCCAGGACUCAGCCGAGGGAGGGGCAGUGGGCAGGUUUAGGUCAGGUUUCUCUAAAAACAAGCCCCAAGCACAGAGCUCAAGGACACUGCAAUGGGACACAGACCCCUCUGUGCUGCAGCUGCAGGCGGAUUCUGAGCUUGGACGCAGGAUGCAUAGGCUUGGCGCCUCUAAGAUCACACAGGUAGACUUCCUUCCCAAAGAGGUGGUCUCUUACAGCAAGGAGACGCAAACACCAAUCAACGCCCACCUUUCUGAAGAGGAGGAAGAGGAGGAUGAAGAGGUGUUGGAGGCAAAGCCUGGCCCAGAGGCCGAGCUGCGGGAUGAAGACGACAAGGAGACCAAAGAUGGUUCUUUUCCUAUGCUGCGGGAACUGACAGAAGAGGAGAGGCAACAGAUUCUGCACUCCUCUGAGUUUCAAAGCUUUUUCGACUGUAGCAUUCGGGUGAUGGAGAGAGCGCUUGCUGAGGACAGCGACAUCUUCUUCGACUACAGCGGCCGUGACCUUGAGGACAAAGAGGGAGACUUGGGAAGCGGCUCUAGUUUGUCCUUCAGCAGACUCUUUUAUGAUGAGCACUGGUCCAAACACCGUGUUAUUACCUGUCUUGACUGGUCCCCUCAGUAUCCCGAAUUACUGGUUGCCUCUUACAAUAACAACGAAGAUGCUCCCCACGAGCCAGAUGGUGUUGCCCUUGUGUGGAACAUCAAGUUUAAGAAGGCUACACCAGAGUAUAUAUUUCACUGUCAGUCUCCGGUGGUAUCUGUUGGUUUUGCCAAGUUUCAUCCCAACUUGGUGGUAGGAGGAACUUACUCGGGACAGAUUGUUCUGUGGGACAACCGCAGCCACCGUCGGACCCCUGUCCAGAGGACCCCCCUCUCUGCUGCAGCGCACACUCACCCAGUAUACUGCGUAAACGUGGUCGGCACCCAGAAUGCCAACAACCUGAUCACUGUAUCUACAGAUGGGAAGAUGUGUUCGUGGAGCCUCGACAUGCUCUCUCAGCCUCAGGAGACCAUGGAACUUGUGUACAGCAAAUCCAAGCCUGUGGCAGUGACGGGUAUGGCUUUCCCAACGGGAGAUGUCAACAACUACGUGGUGGGGAGCGAGGAGGGCAUCGUGUAUACUGCAUCCAGACAUGGCAGUAAAGCGGGCAUCUGCGAAAUCUUCGAGGGCCACCAGGGGCCGGUUACGGGCAUCAGCUGUCACAGUGCAGUGGGCACUGUGGACUUCUCCCACCUCUUUAUUACAUCUUCCUUCGAUUGGACUGUCAAACUCUGGAGCACCAAGCACAACAAACCCCUGUACUCUUUUGAGGACAAUGCCGACUACGUGUACGACGUCAUGUGGUCGCCAGUGCAUCCCGCCAUGUUUGCCGCCGUGGAUGGCAUGGGCCGCCUGGACCUGUGGAACCUCAACAACGACACCGAGGUGCCAACUGCCAGUGUGACUAUUGAGGGAGCUUCGGCUCUGAACAGGGUCCGCUGGUCAUCAGGAGGGAAGGAGGUGGCUGUGGGUGACUCAGAGGGCAGAGUUUGGAUCUACGAUACAGGAGAGCUUUCCGUGGCCCACCCUGAAGACUGGGCGCGCUUUGCUCGCACGCUCAUAGAGAUUCGUGCUAACCGGGCAGAUGGCGAGGAGGAGGGCCCUAUGGAGCUGGCUUCAUAGAAAAGGACUCCAAAACCAAAGUGACUGGAGAUCAGAGAGCCGGUGUGAUUCAGCUGGUGUCACUGUAGCAUGUGAUCCUCACUCAGUUUUUCUUUCUCCACCUUCAAGAACAUCUUCAUGUCUGUACAGAACAAGGCAGAGCCUUUAUUGUAAUUUUGCUCUCAGUAAGUGACUUCAAAUUAUUUGUCUGUCUUUAUUUGUUUAUUGACUUCAGGUGUUGUGUUGCUUGCAUCUUGAGAGCCUACAGUAUAUAUAGAGUGGCAGUAUUAUAGCCGUAUGAAGAUGUGUGUACUGUAACAGAGCUUUGCACAGCAUUAACAAUAAAGCAGGGUCAUAGAGGUUGUCAUGUAUUGUUUACAAAUAUAACGAUCACUUUAUGUUCAGCUUUUUCACCCCUUGUGUAAAAUCUGCACGAUGCACAUGCCUGAGUUUUCCAGAUGCAGGAACCUCACUGUAGCUCCUUUAUUUCAGUCAGUGUGUCCAGAUAAGGAACAAGUGUGCUUUUUCUCUGCUGAAUGAUUGUAGCAGGUAUAUUGUAACUCAGAGUGAUUGCUGUGAAACUUGCUAUGUUUGCUAUUAAAGCAUAACUAACAAA